GAUUUGUAGUUUUUUUUUAGGCCGCCUACUACGUCAACGGAAGUGUUCUGAACUGACAUGAGAUAGGUCACAUUGGUUCAGUUUUGUAACGUUUUGAGAAACAUCGCUGUUAUGGAGACUGCCAACGCAGAGGAGAUCCAACUGAGGCAUGUGGAAAAAGAUGUCCUGAUCCCCAAGCUGAUGAGGGAGAAAGCCAAGGAGCGCUGUGCUGAGAAAGUUGAAGCCUUCGGCCACUGCUGUAAAGAAUCUGGUUUCUUCAUGGUGUUUAAGUGUCGAGAGGAGAAUUCAGCGCUGAAGGAAUGUAUGACUUUACACUACAAGGACCCUGCGUUCUUUGAGGAGUGUAAGCAGGAGUACGUCCGGGAGAAACUGGAAUUUGAGAGGACGGGGAUCCCAUCAAAAAAUCGGAAACAAAAACUACCAACUAGCAUGUAAUGAACAAUAUGAGACCCAAUUAACUUCCUUUUGAAGGUGAAGGUACGGAGCAUGGGGCUCCUACCAGAACCAGCACCAAGGUCUGCACACCGAGGAUAUGCGGUCAUCUGGCAGGAUUUAUUACUGAUAAAGCCACAAGCCUUUGCUUUAUUUAGAUCUGUGGUAUUUGUGACUGACACUACUUUGGUGUGCGAAAGUGAUAUAUAAUCAAAAUGAUGCCUAUUUUUUAUGUUCUGUAUAUUUGCAAAAUAUUCUCCAUCAGAUGGCCACAAUUGUAGCAUUAGAAUUAUCUUUCUAACUUGAUUGAAUCAGCAUUCUGUACAUUACAUUUGCCAAUUGUUGGUUGAUAAGAGUGGAGCUCUUUGGCUAUGGAGGCGUGUACACGUAAAUUGAGGGAUGCUCAAUAUCUGCUGAACACCUUGUAGUAUGUUUAUAUUCUACAUGCAAUGACAACACAAGUGGUAAUGAAGAGUCUGGCUUGUUGCCUUUGCCUGGCCCCACAGUGUGGUUAAACGUCCUCAGAAGGUAUAUAUUAACAUAAAAAAAAAACACUUGUAAGUUUAGACUUCAGAGUGAAGUGUUUGUUAGAGGUCUCUGACAAGUAACCAAACAAUGACACCCAGUUACAAAAUCAUGUGAUUUUGAUUAGGUGACAUAUGCAAUGAAAUGUGACAUUGUAAAUAUUCCGUGGCAGUAAAGUGUGUAUUGGUGGCAAA